AGUCUCUUUCUGCAGUAGCUAAAGUAACCAAAAGCUUCCUCUCCCCCUAUUUCUAGGGUUCCAUUUCCCUCUUUACAAUUUUUUCCUCCCAACAUCACCACCACCAAACCUCUGGUUUCGCUUGAAGGCAGCCCGAGCUUUUUCUUCCAUUUCCCUCCUAAAACCCUAACGAUGGGGUCGAUCCCCGAUCCAGGCGAGGUCGCCGCCGACCUAACUCCUCAGCCGCUGCCGAGCUUCGACGACUUUCAGCGCCAGACGUCGCUCAUGACCAGCUGCACUCUCCUCUGGAAGGAGCUCUCCGACCACUUCACUACUCUCGAGCAGAACCUCCAGAAGAAGUCCGAUGCCUUGAAGCGCAAAAUCCAGGCCCUCGACACCGACACCAAGGCCUCUCUGGCUUCAAUCAAAAAACGGGAGGUCACAAUCGACGGCAGCCUCGAGAUCGCCCUCGAGCGCCUCGAUGACCGCUGUGAGGCUGCUCUCAAGUCGAUUGACUCCGAUCGAGACGACGGCGAGGUCGACGACGGCGACGGUCUUCUCCUUGCUCUCAAGGCGUUCUGCUUGAAGAUGAGGUCCAGGGAGUUCUGGAAGUUCGUGAUCACCAAGAAGAAGGAGCUUGACGCGCUGAGGAGCCAGAUACCGAUGGCGCUGGGUGAGUGCGUGGAUCCUCCUAGGUUUGUGCUGGAGGCAAUUUCGGAGGUUUUCCCCGUGGACAGGAGAGGGGAGAGGAGCGAGAAGGGGAAUGAUUUGGGAUGGGCUUGUGUUGUGAUUCUCGAGAGCUUGAUUCCCGUGGUGAUGGACCCUGUGAUUGGGAAGUCGAGGCUGAUGGUGACGCCGACGGUGAAGAAGAGGGCUAGCGAGAUUGCGGAGACGUGGAAGAGGAGCUUGGAGGAGCGCGGCGGGAUUGAGAAUGUGAAGACGCCCGAUGUUCAUACUUUCUUGCAGCAUUUGGUCACUUUUGGGAUUGUGAAGAGGGAGGACUUCGAUUUGUACAGGAAGCUUGUGGUUGGUUCGGCCUGGCGCAAGCAGAUGCCUAAGCUUGCUGUCUCUCUUGGCUUGGGUGGUGAAAUGCCUGAUAUGAUCAAAGAACUGAUUGGUAGGGGUCAGCAACUGGAUGCAGUGCAUUUUACUUACGAGGUCGGCCUGGUCAACAAGUUCCCCCCAGUACCCUUGUUGAAGGCCUUUCUAAGGGACGCAAAGAAGGCUGCGGCUUCUAUAAUGGAAGACCCUGAUAAUCCUGGAAGGGCUACGCAACUUGCUGUGAGGAAGGAACAGUCAGCACUCCGUGCUGUCAUCAAGUGCAUCGAGGAAUACAAACUAGAGUCCGAGUUCCCACCAGAGAACCUCAAGAAACGCCUCGAACAGCUGGAGAAGGUGAAGACGGAGAAGAAGAAGCCGCUGCCAGCUGCCAUCCCUGCCAACAAGCGAACGCGUGCCAACACCGCUGUUCCAAUGCCACCAGCCAAGGCCGGGCGUCUGACCAAUGCCUAUGUAUCAUCUUUCCCCUCACAGCCGCCAACAUUUGUCAGGUCGCCUUCACACCACCCGCAGCAGUACCCAGCUGCCGGCAUCCCAGCAUACGCAUCUCCGCCACCACCACCAACGGUCUAUGGCACCCCGAGCCCUCCAUCCCCAUACGCUGCCUACUCCCCUGAAGCAGUCCACCACCCGAUUCCCGGAUCAUACACUUUGAAUUAUAUGCCACCACCACCGGCAGCAUAUGGAGGAUAUCCGAGUGGGUUCGCACAAGCUUAUCAUCAGCAGGCUUACUACUGAAUAGACAUCAUCAUGACUAGGUCUCUUCAUUGAAGAAGAUGGUAACCCACUGAUAAUAUGAUGACUCUCUUCACCAUCCGCCACUCCCUGCUCGCGUUCCUGCUUAUUAUAUCCCUUUCCUUCUGGUUCUUUCUUCUUCCUGCUAAACUUGGAUGGUUUGUGUGUAAUAGCUAACUGUUUUAAUCUUAGCUAUCAGCCCCCUCCCUCCCUCCUGUUGUGUGUUUAAUUAUAACUGUUGCCUCUGGUGCACUUACUUUUCUCCCAUGGUGACAAGUUGUAUUUCUAAUGAAACUCUAGCUUUAGGUUUCUUGUGCAAAGGAAUCUUCCAUCUUCAUAACUUGCACUGCAUCCAUCUCUCUGUUUUCUUAUGUCUGAUGGGACUCCAUUGGGAGGAGAAAAGAGGAAUGUAAUGUAAAGUCUGCAUCCGAGAAAGCAUGUGGCUAAGGCUGGCUGCUGGAUGGGAACGAAAGCAGGCUUGAAAUUCAAAGGCUGGUUGGUUUGGCAGCUUUAGCAUGCUGGUGAAUACUUUUUUCAUUUUAAAGGCACUGAUUGCUUUUUUCGACGGAGUAACUUCAAGUUAAAGAUAAGAUCUUUUGUCUGUG